AAAAUCGAAGAACUCAGCCGAGAGGUGAUUGCGAAGGGUCUUGAUCAUCAGAAGUCUGAGCAGACGCAGCAAAAACUUCGUGACAUCUACUUCAAACUACGGGAAGAGCACCUGACCCUGCUAAGGAACGCGUGCUGGAAGCUAGGCUCAAUAGAGGCUCUGGAUAAUCAGGCUUACUACCACCACGCCAACAAUCUCUUCCGGGUCUCUAAACAAGCGAAUUUUCUUGUUCUAUAG